AUGGCUGGAGACUCACAAGGACAAUAUGUCAUAUCACGCAUCCGAGAAGAGCUAACCAAGAUGAGCCACGAUGAGAAGAAGCUGUUUGAAGCUUAUUUGGCUGAACGUGGUGUCUCUCUUGCUUCUGUUAAGGGAGAUGCGUCCAAGGAGAGCUUUGUGUUAGGGUUUUUAGAGGCUUGGUUGGAGAGUCAGAAGAGUGUGCCUGUUAACAAUGGUGCAUCACCAGCCGGCUCAUCGUCUAGUGCAUCAAGUAGCUCGCCAGAUAGUGAUUCAUCACCACGUCGUGUUGGUGAUUAUAUCCUGAAGAGGACCAUAGGGCAAGGAACAUUUGGGAAAGUCAAGCUUGGAGAGCAUUGUGUUACCAAAGAAAUGGUCGCAAUCAAAACAAUCGACAAAGCAAGCGUAAAGACCCAGAAACAAAAGAACUCGGUACAACGAGAAGUCCGUCUAAUGAAACUCCUCUACCACCCCCACAUUGUGCAAACACUCGACAUUAUUGAAACCGAAGAGCAAAUCUUUAUUGUCAUGGAGUAUCUUGCCGGUGGUGAAUUAUUCGAAUAUAUUGUGCAGCAACGCAUGGUAAAGGAGAAGGAGGCUCGACAGUUCUUCAGACAGAUUUUGAGUGCUGUUAGUUAUUGUCAUCAGAAUUCGGUUAUACAUCGAGAUCUAAAACCAGAAAAUCUUUUACUGGAUGCUCACAAAAACAUUCGCAUUAUUGAUUUCGGAUUUGGGAAUACAUUCCAUCGUGAUCGUUUCCUUGAUACUUAUUGCGGAUCACCAUUCUAUGCAGCACCAGAAAUGAUCAAAGGUGUUCGAUACGUCGGCCCAGAAGUCGACGUAUGGUCUUUGGGAGUCAUUCUUUACGCAUUGUUAUCUGGAAGAUUGCCAUUUGAUGCUCAAACUAUGAGCGACUUGUAUGAUCAUAUCUCAAAGGGUGAAUACCAGAUUCCGUCUCAUUUCACGUCAGAUAUGACACAUCUUAUAUCACGAAUGCUGACCGUUGAUCCCAAGAAGCGAGCUACUUUGAAGGAAGUUAUGGAGCACAGAUGGGUCAACAUUGGCUUCUCAAGCUACGUAAACAACCACGUCCCUCCACGACCAUCCGUCGUCAACGACCCAAAUCCCGAAUCUCUCGCUGAACUCGUCUCCUACGGCAUCUCCGAACUCGAAAUCCGACGAGUCCUCGCACAAGGCGGUGGUCCACACCCAAUCGUUUCCCUCUACCAUCUCGUCGACGAACUACGAGUCCGCAAAUCUCUCGCUCUCACCCAAAAGCAACGGCAACCGUCCGUCAAAGAAGAGCGCAAAGACUCUGGAUAUCUGGGUUCAAUGAAAUCGCAUACCAUGUUGGACGAUUUGGAUUCCUGUUUGGCCGAGUCGCCGUUAUCGAGUCCACAUGGAGUUGAUUUCAAACCUACUCCACCACCCAAACCGGAACGAUACCAGGCUCCCAAACCUGUUGCUACCAGACCAAAUUCGUCUGCUGUUAUCAUGUCUGAAGAAGCGUCUCUUGAUGAUCCUGCCAAGGAAUCGUAUAGCUCGAGACGUUACGGUGUUGUCGGUCGCGAUACAACACCACAACAACAGCCAAAUCCACCGCCAAUGGCCAAACUCCAACAACAACAAAGCAAUGCGACGUGGCGUCCCACAUACCCACCUACAUCUACACCACCAUCGCUCUCCCACCCAUCGUCCGAAUCUUCUCUCUUGUCAAUGGACAAGGACCUGUCGUCGACAUCAAUCUCGUCCGCAAAAUCAUCCUCAUCACGAAUCCCAAACCAGCCACGUGGCGCAAUCGGUCCCUUUUUACGUCCCCGAAUAAGGAUUACGUCUACACCACAAAGCAAUACAGGUGUCGUCUCCAUACUUGAUUCGUGGAGAUCGCUGUCUGCAUCUAAGCGAGAUGAGAAUGCUAGCAGUAAUAGCGGAUGUGACGCUACAACACUAGAUAUCAAGAUGGAGGAUGUCGACUUGUUUAGUACUAGUGGUACGGAUAUACAUGCUCCCAGUCAGGAUAGUCGGGCUGCUGGAUGGGGCUUACGGUCUAAAGUGCCACGGUUCAAGUGGUCUGCCAAGGUUGCUGAUUCGGCUAGGACUCAUUGA